AUGCCCUUGCCCCAGGAGUUCGCCGUGUCGGACCAUCCACCUGCAGACGCUGUGAUCAGACACGUCCUUGCUCCAACCACCCGCAAAACGCAGCUUGUGGUUCUCAUCUCUAGCUUUUUGACUGUGAUCAUGACCAUUGGCCCGAAUCUCUCUUAUGGCGUGUUCCAGGAGUACUAUGUGACCAAUUCUGGGACGCUUCUGCCUCCAUCAGAGGCCAAGAAUCGAGGCGCCGUGGCUCUUGUCGGGACCGUUGGAGCAGGCCUGACGUGGGCAGGAUCCAUAUUCGUGAAUCCCCUGAUGACCAGAGUUAGGGGGAACGCAAACCGAAACAUUACCCUAGCUGGCUGCUUCUUGAUGAGUCUGGCUUAUGGCCUUGCCGGCUCGUGUGAUCGUCUUUGGCAGCUUGCUUUGACCCAGGGCCUCAUGUACGGUCUUGGGAGUUCAAUGCUCUACUUUCCCCUCCUCAGCAUCGCUCCUGAAUACUUUGAUCAACACCGAGGGCUCGCCAUGGGCUUCAUCUUGAGCGGAGCGGGCGUCGGUGGGUUGAUCCUAUCACCAACCGUGCGCAUUCUGCUCGAUAAUUUUGAUGCCCGAUGGAGUCUACGAAUUUUAGCCCUGGCAAAUCUCGCCAUCACGUUCCCAAUUGCUUUCUUUGCUCCACCUAGCCGCAGCACCAUAAGAAGGCCGACUUUAGUCAAUCCGGCCAUCGUCAAGAAGCCCGCUUUUAUUCUCCAGUCGUUUGCAGCCUUGCUUCAAGCUAGCGGCAACUUCGUGCCGAUGACCUUUCUUCCGGAAUUCUCCACGGUGCUCGGCUAUUCGGUCUCAUUUGGCGCGACACUGCUUGCUAUAAACAAUGGAGUCAACGCCGUCUCGAGAGUACUAAUGGGUUUCGCUGCAGACAAUCUCGGUCGCCAAAACACCCUCGUGCUCGGUGUGAUCGGAAGUGCCGUGAGCGUUUUGGGUCUGUGGUUGGCGGCAGCCAACACAGGGGACAAAACAUUCUGGGUUAUGUUUGUGGUAAUAUACGGGAUAUUAGCAGGAUACAAUGCCCUAUUUCCCACAACGGUGACUGACGUCUUCGGCGUACACGCGUAUGCUUCCGUUAAUGGCUUUCUCUACUUUAUUCGAGGCCUCGGAGCCAUGUUCGGUUCACCGGUUGGCGGCUUGAUCCUGGGAAGCUCUCGAACCUUGCUCCCUAGCGAAGAUACAGCACGUCUUCUUAAAGAUUAUCAGAGAUUGAUUUGGUACGAUGGGGCACUGCUUGUGGGAUCAUCGCUAUGCGUCAUUGGCGUCCGGGGAUUUGACGCGUUGGAGAAACGAAGAUGGGCCUGGAAAGCUUGAAGCAUUUAGCCUCUCCUACCAUGCUCCUUUGUGAGAUGGAUUUCCUCGCGGUUUCGAUCCAGGUAUCUGCGGGUAGGAUAUUGAGAUUACUCAAUUUAUUCAUGAAGCACUGAAGGGUAAUUCUGAGAGUUUUUACGGAGCAGUUAACGAUCGAAGGAGUGGGAUAAUCUUGGUGACGAAAAAGCGGACGGAUGGAGAACCGGAUGGCUAAAUCGCGGGUCAUCAGAUAACUACUCCGUAACUCGUGAACUAGUUAAAUAGUUAAACCAGCAGUUCCAUUUCGGCCUACGGAGUACUCUGUACUAGCUAGUUAAUUGAACGAUUGACUAUGUAGUUAUGUUUCACAGUUCCGAGCGACUGGAGGGUCUCCGUUCUCGAGAAAUUUGA